GGAGGCCCUUGGAGAAGAUGCGGAGGCAAAGAAGACUGAGGAGGAGGAGAAGGAGCAGAGAGGAAGCCACAAGCAGGUUGAGGAGAGCAGGCAGAGGCUGGCCAAGCUGCUCUUUGAAGGCACGCAGCUGGUGACAAACAUCCAGGUGGCUGCCGACUCGAGGGAAGCGCAGAGGAGGGCAGAGGAGGCCGAGCUGAAGCUGCAGAGGCUGGGGGACCUGCUGACCCAGCAGCAGCGGCAGUGCACGCUGCUCCUGGAGGAGAAGAACAAGCUCAUCGGGGAACUGCAGCAGGAGCUCAAAAGCAAAGAUGAGCAAUAUGUGUAUGCCCUGAGGAAGCAGUCAGAUGAUAUCCACCUCCUUUCAGAGAGAAUGGAGGAGCAGAUCAGGAACAUGCUGAAAAACUAUCGUCAUGAACUUCUACAGAUUGAGAAAGCGUUUGAGCUAGAGCGCCGAGAGCUGCUGGAUGACAACAAGAAGAAAUGGGAGGAAACCAUCCAGGCCCACAACGCGCAGGAGCUGGAAGACCUGGCUGCCCGUAUGAAAAAGGUGGAAGAGUUUGAGAAGCAGUUGAAUCAGCUGCACGUGCAGGGUGUGGAGGAGUAUAACACCAUGAAGAGCCAGCUGGAGUCUAACGUGCAGACCCUGGAGGAGCAGCUCCAGAAGGUGAAAGCCACCUAUCAGCUGAACCAGGAGAAGCUGGAGUACAACCUUCAGGUGCUCAAAAAGCAAGAUGAGGAGAACACCAUCAUCAAAUCCCAGCAGAAGAGAAAGCUCAACAGGCUUCACGACGUGCUCAAUAACCUGAGAAGGAAACUGGCCAAACAGGAGAAGCAACUCAGGGAGGAGAACCAGAACCUGGCAGCCGACUACGAGCGCCUCGUGGAGCAGUGUAAGGAGCUGCAGAAGAUGAUGAGGCAUUUUGCUGUCAGCGACGCGGAGAAGUUCACGGAGGUCUGGCUCAUGAACGAGGAGGAAGCCAAAGGGCUGAUACGCAGAGCCUUCGACGCGGACCGCAUCAUCCACACCCAGCAGCUGGGGCUGCCCUGGGAAGAGCCUCGGCCCUGGUUCCUGAACAACACCGGCCCCCUCAGGGACUGCAAAACCAAGAGCUCUGCCUCCAAGCUGGCUGCGGAGCUGCUGGCAGAGAGCAGCUGUGGGGCGCAGGAGGAGGAAGGAAGAGAAGAGGGGAAGGAAGAAAUGGCCAGCGGAGAAGGAGGAAGUGAGAACCCAGAAAAGGCUGAGGAUCGAGUGUCACCUCUGCAAAAUAUCUCCAGAAAGACUGUCAAGAGGAUCCUGGAGCUCGUGAGCGAUGAGUCGGGCUUCCUCGUCGAGAGCAAACUGCUGAGGCUGCUGCAGCCGCUGGGGAAGCACGAGCGCACCCUCGUGAAGCUCGACUCCAUCUUCGCUGCCCUCGAGAUUGACAGCAAGGAUGACCUGUACGAGCUGGUGGAUUUCUUCCUGAAGUACAGAGCCCAGGACGUGACUGUCACCCAGAGCCUUGGACACCCGGGGGGUCUGGAUCCCGAGGGCCUGGCCGCAGCAGAGGACGGCUCCGGUUCCCAGAGGUGCGAGCCGACGUCCUCGCGGGACUCCCUCCCUUCCGUGUACGUCCGUGCCGACGACAUCCUAAGGAUCCUCAAGGCGUUCGUGCGGGAUUUUGACAAGCUGAGGGGGAAGGACGAUUCAGCCAAGGAUUCGCGGCGGGGACGGGACAGCUCCAAGGACGCCGAGUACUGGGACGCCCUGGCACACGCCAUCCCCGAGGCCAAGCUGAAGCUCUGGGACGCGCUGCUGGUGGCACUGGAGAGAUACCACCACGUCCUCGCGCAGAGGGCCAGCCUGAUCGGCGAGGUGGCCGCGCUGCAGCAGCAGAACUCGGAGCUGUGCCUGCUCCUGGAUCAGUACCUGGCUUCCAAGGAACCUGGAAACCCGAGAGUGAGGGUUCCUGGGGCCCUGGUGUCCCCUGCGAGCCCCAGCGAUGCUGCCGGUGCCACCCGCUUGGGCACACUGGGUCCCACGUCCCUGCUGGGGCCGGCGUCCUACCCUGGCUGCUGCCUGGGUCCCGUAAAGACGGCAGGUCGCCCCGGGCUGUGUCCCUAG